UUGGCAGGAUUGAAAGUAAAAGCAGUUGUGGUUUUUUGUUUUUCCUCAAAAAUCCAAUUUUUUUUUGUAUUAAAUCUGAGAAUAUCCAUAUCUUGGAUGAAAAAAGUUGUAAUUUUUCCUUUUUUUAUCAGUUAAUGGAGUCAAAAAAAGGGAAAAUUUUGAGGGGAAAUCCAUUGGAAAGUCAUCAAUGGAUGAAUUUUUCUAGUGAGAGAAGAAGUUGUAGAGAAAUUGUAGAGAAGAAGACCACUAGUUGACAAACUUUCAUGUCAUUGUUUAAGGCUUUGUUCUUGGUUGGGAGAUUUUCUCACCUGGGAUCUCUCUUUCUCUCUUUUUCUCUCUCUCUCUCUCUCUCUUUGUGUUGUUGUCCAUCUCUUCUUCUCAUCUUCUCUUUGUUGCUAUGUCUUUUGGGCAAACAGAUGAGAAAACAAUCAAUUUGUUGAAGAUCUGAAGCCAUUCUUAGUGUUGAUGGUUUUUUGUAGACCAAGUACUUGUGUUUCAUUGCUUGAUUUUGUUUCCAUUGAUUGGGAGUUAUCACUUUUCUUCUUGUGCUUCUUUUGAUGCUGAAUUGUUUGGAGGUGGUUUCUGAUGCUGAUUGAGGAGGUCACAUGAAAAUCAAAUCAAGCUUUGGUUAGCAGAUACAAAUCGAAUGAAAUCGACGAGUCUGAAGAGAAUUGAUUGAGAGUUGUUCUUCGGAAUUUCUGUAUUUUUACGGAAAUGGGAGCGAAAUAUCAGUGUAAAAGUUACCUGCCAGGGUAUAAUCCGAUGAGGGGACAAGAUGACGACCGAAAUGUUAGUUGGUCGCUUUUUUGCGAUGGAAAAGCUCGGAACGGGCAUGCCUAUAAUGAAGUCAUGCUGAAGACAGUUUUAGGAUAUUCAGAAUACGAUAAAGAGAUGUUGAAGCGGACAAUGCUUGAACAUGAAGCUAUAUUCCGGAAACAGGUCUAUGAACUCCACCGUCUUUACAGAACACAGAAGAAUUUAAUGGAUGAGCUUAAAAGGAAAGAGUUGUAUAGAUUUUGUUUGCCAAAAGAUUUGUUGUACACAUCACAAACAAGUUCUUUUUUAUCUCAAGCACCACCAGGAGAAAAUGAGAACAAAUUGAGUGCAUCUCAUUUGUCUUUUGGGAAUGUGCCCUUAAACUUUCUAAAUGAGAAUCAAAGCAGUGUUCAAUCUUGCCGAAGUACAGUUGAAAAGGAGGUUCGAAAAGAUGAUGAGGUUUCAAAGUCCAAGUCUAACCAGUUUCCCCGGAAAAUGCUUGACCUUGAGCUCCCGGCUGAUGUGUAUAUUGAUAAUGAAACGGGAUUUGCUGCAACUAGGCAACCUGGGAAUGAUCUGAAACUUACUCUGGGAACUGGUGAGAAUUCUGGUUGCAGAGAAAAUAGUCAGAAAUUGGAUUCACGCUUAAAGAACUGUGACUUGGCUGACUUGAAUGAGCCGGCAAAAGAAUGCUCCGACAGAGCAAUAGGAUCUGCUUCCACCUUCAUUUUCAGCACGGGAACUGGCUGUGAAGUUAUUCGAGAGAACAAGUUGCCUCUGCAAACAGAGACAGCUGCCCGAAGCCAUCAAAGAGACAAGGACGCAGAAUGUUCUUCAAAGGAAUUGCCUCUCUUGGGAAAAGAUUCUGGGCGAAGUCAUUACCGUCUCAAUUCUUCCGUACUGCCUCUUUACAAUGAGAAAGCACCGAUAGUCUCUGAAGCAGUAGAACUGAAGCUAAAUCGAACAAAUGGGAGUCAUUCUCCACUGGAUUCAUCUUGGAGAAAGCCGUCAAAUAAAAUAAGCCACAUACCAAUUGCAGUUCAAGCACUUCCUUGCUUUAAUAAACCUUCAACAGUGAAUUUGCAGUUCAAUCACAAUAGCUCCAACCACACAUCGUUCAUCUCUGAUAAGCCAAACCAAAACAGCAAUCAUAGUAGUUCUGCUUUUGGGGCCUCCGAAGGUCACAGAUCGUCAAAAUAUUUUAAGAGUUUGCACUGCAUUGAUGUUAAGUCCGCCAAAGCUUUGAAUCUGAACCAAGCAUGUACAAAUGACAUUGUUGAUGGCUUCGCCACCAAACAAGAUACUUCGAUGAAAAACGAGGAAUCAUCAGGAGGAAUCCCUUGGCUCAGAAAGAAACCAAUUUGUGAAAGAAAUGCUGCGCAGAGCUAUACUCAGCUGCUGGCUAACUGUGCUAUAACUUCUUCAGGAUUUGAGGGAAAACCGAAUAAUGGUAAGGGCCUUUUCACGUCUAGUCAGCAGGAAUUACAACAAACUUUGGAAAUGGAUGAGGCAUCGAAUUCUCUGUCUGGUAAAACAAUUCUUGGGUUUACUUUUGCUGAGACAUUCAAGCAGAGUGACAUUCAGACCCGGUUUUUGACUGAUAAUGUGAAGUGCAAUGAGGGGGCGGGGAUUCGGUUUGAAAGAACCUCUGGAAGUAAAAGCUCUAGGAAUCAAAUAGAUCUAAAUUCCUUGGGUUCUCCACGGAAAAUCAUGCUAAAUAUUGAUUUGGAAGCACCAGUCACUUGUCAGGCAGAUGAUGAAUCUGCAGAAAUAGAUUACACUUUCAAAGCGGACUGUUUGAACAAAACUGAGAACUUGCAUGAACAAUGCAUCAGAGAAGCAGCAGAGAGCAUUUUCGCCAUUUCACAGGACACAUUCAACAAUGCUGACAAACUUACAUGCCACAAGACUCUGGUAACUGAAUCUGAUGCAUUGAGUUGGUUUGCAGACGUCGUGUUGUCAUCCGACAUGGAGAAGGAGCUGAAGGGGGAAGACUAUCUUGGCUCUGAAUCAUUAGAUGAUGAUGGGCUUGAUCUAUUCGAAUCGAUGACAUUGAAGCUUGAAGAGAUGAAGGUGGAAGAGUUACAGUGUCAUUCCCAGGGACAAGACGACCAAGAAGAAGAACGGAAGGGUUCGGUUGCUUUGCUACUACUGACAAAGCCUCGACGAGGCUCGACAAGGAAGAGGCGACAGAAAAGAGACUUUCAGAAAGAUAUAUUGCCGGGCCUCGCAACAUUAUCAAGGCAUGAAGUUAUCGAAGACAUGAAAACCAUUGAAGGGUUGGCAAGGUCUGCUGGUGGACCUUGGUCUCAGGCAAGUCCGACAAAGAGAAAGGCGCAAACAAGGGGAAGAGGACGGCCUAGAAGUUUGCCUGCAGUGGAGCCAGUAUCAGAGCCAAAGAAUGCCAAGCCUGUGGACGAUGAUAAGAGCAUCGUAGGGUGGGGAAGGACAACAAGACGAUGCCGAAGACCACGGUGCCCACCGGGAAGUGUUGGUGCACCUUUGGUUUAAACUUUCAUGCUUAUUCCAGUACUAUUUCUGACAGACUGCAAAGACUACCUGCAUUGAGAGUUAAAUUCUUAAAAACAGAUUGUACAUUUUGUCUGUUUUUCUGAGCAAGACUGCCUGUACAGAUUUGGAAGAAACCAAUGUGACAAUAUCUCUUGCAAGAUGGGGAGCACCAACAAUGUGAGAACAGUUAUAAUUUUAUUUAAAUCAACAGAGUAGUCAAGUAUUAAUCAGACAACUGGAACAAUACAGACUUAUAUUUUUCGGGUUUUGAUUCAGUUGCAUAAAAAA